GAAGCCAACGCCGCUGAGACUAACUAGAAAGAAGUGUGCAACAGUUCAUGAGGGACAAAAGGAAUGUGAUGCGGUUCGCUUGAAGAAGGAAUGUUUAAGCACGUCAACAAUACGCCUUGGCGAAUGUUCAUGACUGUUCAUGUGGUUCAUCGGAUACAUUUGAAAACAUCGUGAGGCUGGUACCUGGUCGCAAACGUCGUAGUGUAGUACCGACAAUAACGUCGUCGUUCAAGGGGACGCAGUUCUCGGAAGACGCGUCGCAGCAUACUGCAACUGCUUUCGUCUGUCUUCAACCAUGACGAAAAAUAAAAUUCUUCUCAGGGCGGUGCUCUGUUUCCUUAUUUUAUUUGGGUGCUCGGCUUGGCGAGUGCGGGCAAAGAGCUGGACCUACGAUUUCAAGAAGGCGCUGGACGACGAUGAAACAAAGAAGGAGAUUAUCACACCGGGCGAUAGUGUUUCGAUAGAGAAUUCAGGGAGCCGCCCUCUUGAGUACAUCCCGCCCAACCCUAGUCAAGUUCUCAAGGUUGAAAAGGGAGACCACUGCAAGGAUGAGCCCGUCGAGCUCGCAGCAUUGUUCAAGGGAAGUGCACCGACGCCUGCGUGGACUGAGGCUCAAUCCACGAGGUCUUUAACGGUUCCCGCUGGCUCAGUGCCGGAGAAGGAAACCAUACCCUUCUGUUUCAAAGUCAAGGACACGGGAAAGAACAAGACUCUUACAGCGGUAAUCAAGGUUGCUGGCGCUCAUGGUUUGUCUGCUGCUGUGGGUGUGUCUAUUGGAAUACCAGCCCUGGCCUUUGUGUUGAUAUCAAUGUAAGAGUUCAUUGCCAGUGAAGAAGGUGACUGGUAGUGUCACAUUUGGCAACUGGAAGCAACGACGACGCCGUGUGCGAGUGGUGAUGGACGGAUGUGUAUCAUGCUGCGAAGCCAUAAAGUACAGUCGAGUGAUGCGUGUUAUUCAGUAAUUUUGCAUGUGAUUGCAGAUUAUUGAAAAGAGAGCAUCCCCAUGAUUUGUGUGUAUGUGUGUCCUAAUCGUGACUGUGCUGCAGUUGUCCAUAGCUGUGCCACAUGGUUUGUAUUCUGAUGCUGCAGAUGCAGCGCAUUCCAUGUUUGCAAGAGUGGCCAAUUGCCCGUGAAUGGCAAAUUCGAUGUUGACAUGAACGGGCAGGGGUUAAGGCAUUGACCUCAUCGGUGAGCUCGUCUUGUUGCACUCCUUUUCAACAACAUCCAGGUGGCAAAGGUGGCGACGUGAAGCAUGUGUUUCAGAGAGGUGCAGAAUGAAUGGCACGUAAGACAGAAGAGGAGGACAGAGCGUGAGCAGAUGGCUGCCUGGCCGAAUGCUUCGCCACUCGCCAAGCUGAUACAGUCCGUGCACAUAUGGCAGAAUUUGUUUCGGAGGCGCCCCCACGCAAGUGUCACAUGUUUUCAACCGUCGACGAUGAUGGUGCAUCACUUGCCGAUCGCGUGUAUUCCAGCAGAAAAUUAAAGACGUUGCAAACCUGCAGAAACCCUGCAACUGUGAUGUAGUGAGAAGAA